AUGGCGGACGGCGACCACCACCAGCAGCAGCCGCCCAGGUACUGGUUCCCCUACUGGACCGGGACGCCCCCGGUGCGCCCGCACGCGCCGCGCCGCCCGUCGCCGUCCUCGCCGCGCCGCCAACCCACCAGAGGCGCCGCUCCUACGUCUCCGACCCCGACCCCGACCCCGACUCCUCCUCGUGCGGCGCAGAGCCGGGCGUCCCCGUCGCGGGCCUCGCCGCUCGCGCCCAUCCGAGAGCCGCCGCCCAACACCAGCUCCAACGCCGGUGCUACUGCCGCCGAGCCGGCACCUAAGCCGAUCGCUCUGCCCGCGGCGCCCAAGCCCAAGGACGUCGACGUCGUCCCGCAGCCGGACAAAACCACCGUGCACCCGCCUGCCGCUGCUGCUGCUGCCGCCGCUCAGACCAAGCACCACAAGGAGGCCGACAGGGACGACCACAAGAGCAAGGACAAGAAGCACCACGCCGGCGGCGAGGACGGCAAACUCAAGGAGAAGGACAAAGACAAGCACCACCAUGCCGACGCCGGCCAGGACGGCAAGCACGACAAACUCAAGGAGAAGGAGAAAGAGAAGCACCACCAUGCCCAUUCCGGCCAGGACGGCAAGCACGACAAGGAGAAGGAGAAGGGGUCCAAGGCGCUGCACGGGCAGAUCAAGGAGGCUGGCGUCGCCGACGUGGUGCACGGGGCCACCGGCUCAUCCGGCUCCGGCCACGGCCACCAGGCGGCGAGCGUGAUCACGCUGGCGGGGGAGAACAAGGGCGCGUCCAUGAAGGUGGGCGGCGGCAACAGCAAGGACGCCGCGUGGGAGGAGCAUCACGGCGGCGGCGAAAAGAAGAAGCAGGGGAUGAUGACGGCGCUCAUCAACAGCAACGUGCAGGUGAUCAACAACUCGCUGAUGCUGCACAGCUCAUGCAGCGGCGGCGACCCCGGCGUGCACCUCAAGCUCUCCGCCAAGUCCAACUCCACCACCAAGGACAAGCACAAGCAGGCUGCCGCUGCAAAGAAAUGA